AUGGAUGGCGUCAAGGUCUACGACAACUACUUCUGCAUCAAAGUGGAUUCAAUUGUCAAGGUAGGCCUCUCUUCGUAUCAGAAAUGCACUGCAGCUAUUAGGAUGCUCACAUAUGGUGUUGCCGGUGAUUUCGUAGAUGAGUGCACGCGCAUGAGCGAGUCAAGCUGCUUGGAAGCGAUGUACAGGUUCUGCAGAGCAGUGAUCGGUGUGUUCGGAGAACAAUAUCUGCGACAACCUAAUGCAGAGGACACAUCCCGUCUGUUGCUCUGUUUUCCUCCUCUUGCCUGCCGCUGUCCUCCUUCCCUUUCUCCACGCCAACAGCAGGCAGAAAUUCUUCUUCAGAAAAUUCAGUUAACCACCGCUGGACAAAAAUCCUCAACCGCGACGCCGUCUCUCGCCGCUGUCCAUCGCGCCGACGGCGGGAAUGGAACCGCCUUGAUCUCCGCUACAUCCUCGUCGCCUUCAAGGAGUCGGGGCUGCUCUGGAUGGGCAAGGCCGUCCUCGACCUCCGCUCCGGCCGCCAGCGUCUUCAACCAUCUGCGAUCACUCCGGUGCUCCUCCGUCGUCCCCGAGCUCGCCCACUUCGCCAUCAAGCCCAGGCUAAACCGAUCAAUUCCACUGGCUAGCAAAUUCGAUCCAUGCCCAGGAGAAGUUCCAAUUCCAGGUGUUCACAUGCAACAUCUUUCUUUUAUUUUAACACCGUCUUCGUGUCUGUUUCAGUUUUUAGAACAGCCGCAGCUUUUGCUGUUCCAUCCUGCACGUUACACGAACACAACUAGCUCUGCUGGCAGUAAAUCAUUUGGGUCAUGGGUUGUUUGCUCGCUGUCGCUUCACGCAUACAACCAACUGCACCACUUCUACACUUUUGUUUCAGCUAGCACACACAACCCAAUCGAUCCACCUGCUAGCUUGGCUGCUUAGCUAGCUAGCUAUGCACCACGUUCCUUGAUCCAGCUAGCUGCCUGAUUGCUUAGCUUCACCCGUAUGCAACUCCCAUCCAUCCACCUCCUAACCUGCUAGUUUGGCACGGCAUCAAUUGAUCCAUCUGCUGCUUGCUCAGCUUCUAGCUAUCUAUCUCAUGCGUGUCUGUCUCGCCGGUCCACUGCCUGUAUCUUUUCUCGCUUCAGUUUUGACAGGCAAACAAAGCAUCACCUCCCAGUUUCCCUCAUGUCUUUUCUGUUUCUUCUAUUUCAGUUACAAACAUGUUUAUUUUAUAUCUUCUAAUCUAUAGCUUCAAAUCAAAUGUGUUAUAUAUGAAUUUCGAUCAGAAAAAUGUGAAGAACAUGAAUAUGCCAUCCAUGCUUGUUGUUGCCUCAUGCAUAAUAUAAUUUCGUGAUAGUUUGCAUUAUCACUAAUCGAUAGCAUAUGAAAUAUAUGGGAUAUAAUUUAAUUGUUGUCCCGGUUUCAUUUAAUUUUGUGUAGCUCACUCAUGCCUUGUCUUUGCCAUGCUAAUCACCAUUUAAUAUUGUCGGUAGAAAAAUAACAUGAACCCUAACUUGUAUGUUGGGAUUCCGAUCCCGCUUAAAUUGGUUAAGUUGCAUCGCAUCAUGUUUGCCAUGCCAUGCAUAUCAUAUCAUGAUCAUGCCGAUUCUUUUGCCGUA